GGCAAAUAAGUUAGUAGAAAGAAUUCAGGCAACACAAAGACCCAUCAGAUUCUGAGGCAGCGCGUCUCGUCCUUCUGCUGCGCCUUUAAGAAAUACGUCAUCAGUCCGCGUCCCCCAUGUUCAGUGGACACACGUUUUUCAGCGAGGGAUGUGUUGGAUUCAAAGCUUUACUAGUUCUGGACCAAACGCUGUCUAAUCUCAUCACAUUUACAUGACAACUGGUUAGUUGUAGUAUUCGCAACUAGUUUGUAGCUGUCAUCAUAUCGGUCAGAAGUGCAAGACGAACAACUUCAUCUUGCCAGCUCUCAAACCUGAAGAUGUCUUUUGUAGAGUACUCCUCGUGUAUCCAGGAGGGGGAUGUGGUGAUCGUGUUUCUGGGUCACGAGUCCAUGAUGCCGGUGCAGGUGCAGCGCGGCGCUCAGACUCAGACGCGCUACGGCGCCAUCCGCCAUUCCAGCGAUCUGAUUGGUCGUCGCUUCGGCUCCAAGGUGACGUGCAGCAAGGGGGGCUGGGUCUACGUGCUGCACCCCACCCCCGAACUCUGGACCCUCAACCUGCCCCACCGCACGCAGAUCCUCUACUCAGCCGACAUCGCCACCAUCACACUCAUGCUGGACCUCAAACCUGGAGCCGUGGUGUGUGAAUCAGGCACGGGUAGCGGUUCUCUGUCUCACGCCAUCCUGCGCUCUAUCGCCCCCUCUGGCCACCUGCACACGGUGGAGUUCCACUCGGAGCGCGCUCAGAAGGCACGCGAGGAGUUCCAGCGUCACCGCGUGGGCCACCUGGUCACCGUGCGCAACCACGACGUCUGUCGCCAGGGCUUCGGAGUAGUGGGCGUGGCCAACGCCGUCUUCCUGGACAUUCCGUCGCCGUGGGAGGCGAUCCCGCACGCCAAGACGGCGCUCAGGAAACAAGGUGGUCGUGUGUGUUCCUUCUCUCCGUGUAUUGAGCAGGUGCAGCGUGUGUGUGACGUCUUGGCGUCGUGCGGCUUCAGUGACAUCACCACUCUGGAGGUUCUACUGCGCACGCACGACGUCCGCUCCGUCACACUCGCGCUGCCCGACUUCGGGCCCGAGGACGACGACGACACACAAACACAAACACACACACCGCCAGCCCCUAGCAACGCCUCGACGACCGUCAAGACGGCCACGCCCCCUCGGGAAAUGGCGGCCCACACAGGCUACCUGACCUUUGCUACCAAGCCACGAGAGUAGCGCACACACACACACACACACACACACACACACCGACUACCUGACGUUGGCUACUAAACCACAGGAAUAAUACAGACACACACACACACACACACACACACACACACACACACACACACACACACACACAGGCUACCUGACCUUCGCUACCAAACCACGAUAGUAAGACACACACACACCAGCUAUCUGACCUUCAAUGCUACACACACACACACACACACACACACACACACACACACACACACACACACACACCUCAGGCUCUCCUUUGCCACCUGAGUAGGAGAGUGCCAGGCACACGUCUCUGGCCCAAAGCUCUGCACACACACACACACACACACACACACACACACACACACACACACACACACACACACACACACACACACACACACACACACACACACACACACACACACACACAGUCACAAGGCACAUAUCAAAGCUCUGCUUGAAAUAGGCUGCUGGUAAUUGGUCAAUCUGAGCUUUAGUCAGUCGGGAUUAAAGAACAGGGUUCACACACACACACACACACACACACACACACACACACACACACACACACACACACACACACACACACACACACACACACACACACACACACAGACUGAACCAGAUCUUUUUUUAGCCAAGAUUUAGACAGGUUAUUCACCUUAAACAACACACAUAAACACACUCACACACACACAUACACAGACACACACACACACACACACAGACACACAGACACACACACACACACACCUCCUCUCUGGCUGCUAUUGUUAGCGGACAUGUGAGACGGUCAGUUAAGGUAUUUAGGAUAAACAGACAACAUAUGGAAGAGGGGUGUGUGUGUGUGUGUGUGUGUGUGUGUGUGUGUGUGUGUGUGUGUGUGUGUGUGUGUGUGUGUGUGUGUGUGUGAAAUGUAUUCCUUUUUUCAUUUUAUUUUCUCUCUAAGUUUUAUGUUCGGAUGUUUU